GUCACCACCAAGUUGCAAGUGAGACCUCAGACAACCGAGAGUAUAAAAUCAUGCACGAUCCCUUCCUUAUCCCUUGACACUAACCUCAACGUCGACCCAUCAACCAAGAAGUACUGACGCUCAGCAAGUUCAACAAUCGACUUCAAAUUCACAUCUCGUUUGGAAAAACUUCGUUACUUUCAACAUACUGAUCAGCAUAAUGAAUUAUAGCGAAGUCCUCCCAAAUUUCUCAGGUCAGAUCGUCGGCAACGGUCGCUUCGAGCUCGUCAACAUGAUUGGUUCCGGUUCCUACGGAAACGUCUAUCGUGCUCUCGAUGCUCGAUCAGACCCAUGCGAACCUGUCUACUAUGCAAUCAAGUGCUUACCGAAAACAGAACUCUCUCCUGAGCGCCUCGUAUGCCAGAGACGUGAGAUCUUAUUGCACUCCUUAGUAUCCAGCUCGUCACCACAUAUCUGCACCCUUCACGAGAUCAUCGAGGAAGAACUUUACAUCUACUUCGUGCUCGACUAUUGCGCAGGUGGGGACCUCUACACCGCCAUCAUCGAGAAUCGUAUCUACCAGAACAAUCUUCUCGAUGGCUUACACGCCUGUCAUCAGUUGGGUGUGUACCACCGUGACCUGAAACCAGAGAACGUUCUCUGUUGCCAGGAUGGUUUGGAUAUUCGUAUCGCAGAUUUCGGGCUAGCGACCAAAAGUCGUCUCAGUCAGGAAUUCGGAGUAGGCAGUUCAUAUUAUAUGAGUCCUGAGUGUAUUAGUCGUGAGAUGAAGUACCCUCAUUACUCGCCGCUUCACACGGAUAUCUGGUCACUGGGUGUUAUUCUUGUGAACAUGGUUUCAGGUCGCAAUCCUUGGCGAUUUGCGACACCCUCGGACGAGGGCUUCCUCGGAUAUCUCUACAACGUGGACUUCCUUCGCGAGAUCCUUCCCAUCUCGAGACCUUUCAACGAAAUUCUCAAGCGCAUCUUUCGCCUACAACCGUUCUCGCGAAUCAGCCUUCCUGAGCUCAGAGAAGAGAUCCUCAAACUUGAUACCUUCUACAUGAGCGACGCCGAGCUCCGCGACGCGUCGGACAACGUACGAGAAGCUGCUCGCGACGACUACUAUAGACGCGCCUCACCGUUGACUAAUUUGAUGUUCAAUCAAGUCGUAGCUGACACAACCCUCGUCAAUCGCUCAUCGACGAUAUCCAACUUCUACUCCGACGGCGGUCCUCCUUAUCCUAAGUGGGCUUAUCGCGGCUCCGCGCCUACAUCUCGACGACCUAGUGACUUACCACCCGCGAGCAUCAACAGGACGUCCUCGCAACUCCAUAUUCAAACCUUCGAGCCACAGGACUAUCGACUUUACGAGUCACGGGAUAGCCUAUCGGGCUGUUCCAUGCGUUCUGUUUCUUCAGGGGUAGAGAGCGAGGGACCCAUUACUCCGGAAACGCAUGCCCAUGAGCCUGCCAUUGACGUGGCAGACUUGUCUGAAGGGCAGACUCUUGAUGAACCGAUGCUUGCUCACAUGCCUGUCAAGAUGAGACCAAAGGGACAUCGUCGGUUCUCGUUUCGCAAUGUAGUUUCACGGUUUAAGAUCUUCUGAUUGGUACAUACUACAGUAGUCAUACCCUAGCGUACGUUAGUAAUCAAGCCGUCAGAUUUUUGAUCCAAUAAUUAAACCAUGAUAAGCUAGGCAAUCUACUGAGUGAGCGUUCGGAUGUCCAGAAACCCGUGAUAGGGUAGGUAACCUAUCGAGUGGGCGUCCAGCCUUGAUAGAAUGGGAGAGUAAUUAGGCGUGUGCGAAAUAGUAGACAACGAAGGCGUUUUAUGCGAUGAACUCCCAUGUUCAUGGGAGAGGAUGGAGAAGAACAUGAGUCCUCUCAGGGAUGUCUUAACUGGCAAAUGCUGGCAGAUUGAGA